AUGUCCAUCUUCCAGAACGCCGUGAAUGCGGACCUCCCCCGAGCCAUCGCUGGCAAAGGCUCCUACCUGACACUGGAAAACCCCAAGACCGGCGCCCAAUACGACAUCCUCGAUGGCUCCUCCGGGGCUGCCGUCGCCGCCGUGGGCCACAACCACCCCCGAAUCGUGCAGGCCAUGCAGCACUGUGCUGGUCUGCCCUACAUCUUCACGCAUGCCGUGGGCUCCAAGCAGGCCGACGAUCUCGCCGAGCUCAUUCUAUCCAAGUCCAACGGGGCCUUUUCGCGGGCCCUGUUUCUCAACUCCGGGUCGGAGGCCAACGAGACCGCCAUGAAGAUUGCCACCCAGUUCUUCUACGAGCAGGGCCAAACCCAGCGAUGCAACUUCAUCUCCCGUGACUUCUCCUACCACGGCAACACCCUUGGCUCUCUUUCCCUCGGCGGCUUCAAGUCCCGACAGGUGCCCUACAAAGAGAUUCUCAACUCCAAGGCCUUCCACAAGGUCUCCACAUGCUUCCCCUACCGGCACCAGAAGGACGGCCAGACCGAGGAGCAGUACACCCAAAUGCUGCUGGACGAGCUGGACGCCAAGUUCCAGGAGCUGGGCCCCGACACGGUCAUUGCCUUUGUGUGCGAGACUGUGAUUGGCGCCACUCUCGGUGCCGUGCCCCCUUCCAAGGGCUACAUUUCCGGCUGCCGAGACAUUUGCCACAAGUACGGCGCUCUGUUCCUUCUGGACGAGGUCAUGUGUGGCAUGGGUCGAACCGGUACCUACCACGCCUGGGAGCCCGAGUUUGAGGCCGGCACUGGCGGCCCCGACAUUCAGACCGUGGCAAAGGUACUAGGAGGUGGCUACGUUCCUCUCGCAGGAGUCCUGCUUUCCCCCAAGGUCUUUGACGUUUUCCAGAAGGGCUCGGGCAUUGUCUACGGCCACCAGACCUACCAGGACCACGUGUUUGCCACUGGCGUGGCUCUGGAGAUCCAGCGGCUUAUUUUCGACCAGAAUCUCAUUGAGGAGUGCUUCGAGAUGGGCAAGUAUCUGGGCAUGGCUCUCAAGCGCAAGUUUGCAGACAACCCUUAUGUCGGAGACGUGCGGGGCCGGGGUCUGUUCUGGGACGUUGAGUUUGUGGCGGACAAGGCGACCAAGGAGGUGUUUCCGGCCUCCAUGAACCUGGCUGGCAUCAUGCAUGUUCGGUGCAUUGAGAACGGCGCCCAUUUCCUCAAGGGCAAGGGCACCAUUGAUUCUGUUCUCGGAGACCACAUGAUGGUGUCUCCCGCGUACACCGUCACCCGGGUGGAGAUAGACCGUAUGAUCGACGUGUUGGCCAACACUCUGGCCGAGGUUCUUGCUGAGAAUGGGUACAAUUAG